GAACGGCCAGGUCUCCCUGGCUCCAAUCACUCCAGAGACUGAGCCAUGGGGGGAAAGCAGAAGGAGGACGAGGCUUACGGGAAAUCAGCCAAAUAUGACCCCUCCUUUCGAGGCCCCAUCAAAAACAGGGGCUGCACAGACAUCAUCUGCUGUGUCCUCUUCCUGGUCUUCAUCCUGGGUUACAUCGUGGUGGGGCUUGUGGCCUGGGUGUAUGGAGACCCUCGGCAAGUGCUGUACCCCAGAAACUCCACGGGAGCCUACUGCGGCAUGGGGGAGAACAAGGAUAAGCCCUACGUGUUUUACUUCAACAUCCUCAGCUGUGCUGCAGGUGCCAACGUCAUCUCCAUUGCCCAGAACGGCCUCCAGUGCCCCACACCCCAGGUGUGCGUGUCCUCCUGCCCGGAGACCCCGUGGGCUGUGGGUGUGAACCAGUACUCAGAGACAGUCGAUAAAGUCUAUAACGAAUACAAGAACUUUUGUCUACCAGGAGUACCCCCAGAUAUGACAGUGGAGGAUAGCCUGCAGAAGGAACUCUGUCCCCACUUCCUUCUUCCUUCUACUCCAGCUCUGGGACGUUGUUUUCCGUUCCCCAACAUUAACUUCACCUUACCCGGAUACCAAGAGAUCGAUAACAACAGUGUCUCUGAGGGAAUCAGUGGCCUCCUUGAUCACAUCAAUGCCCGGGAUAUCUCUGUGAAGAUCUUUGAAGAUUUUGCUCAGUCCUGGAAAUGGAUCCUCUUGGCCCUGGCUGUGGCGCUGGUGCUAAGUCUACUCUUUAUCCUGCUCCUGCGCCUGGUGGCAGCGCCCCUGGUGCUGCUGCUGAUUGUGGGGGUGCUAGCCGUGCUUGCCUACGGCAUCUACCACUGCUGGCAGCAGUACCAGGCACUGCGGGACAAGGGUGCCUCCAUCUCCCAGCUGGGCUUCACCACCGACCUCAGCGCCUACCAGAGCGUGCAGGAGACCUGGCUGGCUGCUCUAAUUAUUCUGGCCGUCCUUGAGGGCAUCUUGCUGCUGAUGCUCAUCUUCCUGCGCCAGCGGAUACGCAUUGCCAUUGCUCUACUGAAGGAGGCCAGCAGGGCUGUGGGCCAGAUGAUGUCCACUAUGUUCUACCCCCUGGUCACCUUCGUCCUCCUGGUCAUUUGCAUCAGCUACUGGGCCCUGAUUGCUCUGUACCUGGCCACAUCCGGGCAACCCCAGUACGUCUAUCGGGUGCCCGACUCCAACGCAUCUGGCUGUGAGACCGUGCCUGUGAACAAAUCCUGUGAUCCCAUGGCUUCAACCGGGAAUUUCUCCUUGUGCCCGGGGCUCACGUGCGCCUUCCAGGGCUACUCAUCCACAGGCCUAGCCCAACGCUCUCUCUUCAACCUGCAAAUCUAUGGAGUCCUGGGGCUUUUCUGGACGGUUAACUGGGUACUGGCCCUGGGCCAGUGCGUCCUUGCUGGGGCCUUUGCCUCCUUCUACUGGGCCUUUCAUAAGCCUAAAGACAUCCCCACCUUCCCCUUGAGCUCAGCCUUCAUCCGCACCCUCCGUUACCACACUGGGUCGCUGGCAUUUGGAGCCCUCAUCCUGACCCUUGUGCAGAUAGCCCGGAUCAUCCUGGAAUACAUUGACCACAAGCUAAGAGGAUCCCAAAAUCCUGUGGCCCGGUGCAUCAUCUGCUGCUUCAAGUGCUGCCUCUGGUGCCUGGAGAAGUUUAUUAAGUUUCUCAACCGCAACGCCUACAUCAUGAUUGCCAUCUAUGGGAAGAAUUUCUGUGUCUCAGCCAAAAACGCCUUCAAGCUGCUCAUGAGGAACGUUGUCAGGGUAGUUGUCCUGGAUAAAGUUACAGAUCUGCUGCUGUUCUUUGGGAAGCUGCUGGUGGUCGGAGGCGUCGGUGUCCUGUCUUUCUUCUUUUUCUCUGGUCGUAUCAAGGGGCUGGGGAAAGACUUUGAGAACCCCCACCUCAACUAUUAUUGGCUGCCCAUCAUGACCUCCAUCAUGGGAGCCUAUGUUAUCGCCAGUGGCUUCUUCAGCGUGUUUGGCAUGUGUGUAGACACGCUCUUCCUCUGCUUCCUGGAGGAUCUGGAGAGAAACGAUGGUUCCCAGGAGCGGCCCUACUACAUGCCCAUGGCACUUAUGAAGAUUCUGGGCAAGAAGAACGAGGUCCCUGCUGGGGGCAAGAAGAGAAAGAAGUGAGCGAUGGCGUCGUGACCCAGGACAGCAACCCUCCUG